AUGAUCUGGUGUGCGUUUGUCCGCUACCGUCAUUCUGGAUACUUUCUGGGUUCAGUCAUCGUCUUCUCCGUUGGAGCUUACACUGAAUCCUGUGGCAUUCGCCUGUUGUUUAUGGUCAUAAAUAGUAAAGUGUUAAGAGAAGUGGUCGAGAGAUAUCGGGUCUGCAGCACUCAAGUGGAACCUGGUAGUCGUCUAGCAAAGAACAUCGUGAAACAUUUAAAAACAGUGAAGAAGAGGGCAACAUUGAUUUGGCUGGGUUUGGUGGUCAAUGCAUAUUCUUACCUGAUCUUGCCUUUCUUUUUGCCGGGGAAGCAGUUUGCCGAAAACAGACUUAUUCUUUACGGCCUAGAACCAAUACGAGAGUCACCCAACUAUGAAAUAGCACAAGUAAUGUAUUGCUUCGCUAUUCCAACUGCAACCAACAGCCUAGCGAACUGUACCGCCCUCAUGAUCAUCCUCUUUGGAUACACAGAAGCCCAACUGUUAGGCUUAAGCGAAGAGCUGCUUUGUCUAUGGGAUGACGCAGCCCACAUCAGCCAGUUUGAAAAUGGAACAAAAACAGAAGUGAUGAACAAUUUUGUGCGGCAGCGUUUGAAGUACAUAAUCAAACUACAUAACGAGAACAUAGAUCUCCUGAAACAGCUGGAACAAGUGCUCAGAGUGAGCAUGGCACUUGAAUUUCUGGUUCUGAUGGCUGGUUUGAUAGCCGCUUUACUUGGUGGGGUAGAGAACACAUAUAUGGAGAUACCGUUUGCAUUCGCCCAGCUUUUCAUGAACUGCUAUUUAGGGCAGAAGAUUAUUGACGCAAGCGAGACGUUUGAGACGGCGGUGUAUGGAUGUAGAUGGGAGAAUUUUGAUACAGGAAAUAUGAAAACUGUUCUAAUAGUUUUCCAGAAUUCGCAGAAGACGCUAAAGCUGUCCGCUGGGGGCGUGGCAAUAUUGAGCUUUCAAUGUUUAAUGUCCGUUAUCAAGUCGAGUUACUCUUUCUACACAACUCUUCAAUCAACUUUGAAGUAA